AUGCUCCAAAAGCGUCUUCCAGGAAAGCCUUUGAAUCGGAUCUGGUCGAAGCUCACUCUUGAACAGACAUUCUGCGGCACGCUGCAUCGCAGAGGUCCAUUUGACAAGAUAUGGUCCGGUCUCACGGCCAUGAUCAACAUGGUUCACUCUCAAGGCUUGUUUCCUGACGGUGGAAUCAUCGACUGGGACGGUGCGCUGUUUGCGCCAAAAGUCAUGUCCACGCGAUCCUCAUUCUUUCUCUGGACAGAGGAGGGCGCUGAUGAAGACGAGGAUGGUGAUGCGCUGAUUGAGCCGAGUGAGCCAGAGUUACGUGCGUACAAGCGAGCGUUCAAGCAUGUAGUCGGCCAAGACUUCUGUAAAGACGCAUAUUGCCAGCAAUAUAUCUUCUUGAGGCGAAUCUGGCGAUUCUUGGUGAACGGGAUUAGGAAUGGCGGCGACGCCUUCUUAGCAGAGGAGGUAUUGGAAGAGUGGGAGGAGAAGUAUCCUACGUUCGCUGUGGAAGAGGAUGAACAGAUUUAG